AUGAACGUGUUCUGGGUUGGUGGUGUGUCUCCCACGGUAACGAUUGCUCCAGAACAGGAGAAUGCGUUUAGGGAGGCAACCACCAUCUUUGUUGGAGUCGUUCUUACUGUGAUCGGAGACAAGCUAGUCGACGCAUAUCUCCAUAUGCGCGUUGCCAAGAAUUUGUGGGAUGCGCUCGAAGCUAAGUUCGGCGCAACCGAUGCUGGCAGUGAGUUGUAUGCCAUGGAGCAGUUCCAUGAUUACAGGAUGGUUGAUAACCGUCAUGUAUUGGACCAGGCUCAUGAAAUACAAUGCAUUUCCAAGGAGCUGGAGCUCCUGAAGUUGGUGAAAUCUGAGGUACCCGACCAGAAGGUUGGUACAAUUAUAGAGUCUAAGGAUGCUACAUUCUUUGAGGAUAUGUUCCCCAUGAGAAACAUGCAAAGCACUUCUAGACUGGAAUUUGAUGAGACUCCUGAACCUGCCAUUCCGAUGGAAUAUUAUGAACACAAAAGUGAUGAAAGUUCAUCAGAGGAUGACGAGGAAGCUCCUGUUAGGAGCAAGAGACAAAAGACUGCAAAGUCUUUUGGUGAUGAUUUCCUCAUGUACCUCGUGGAUGAUGAUACUCCCAGUUCCAUUUCAGAAGCUUAUGCAUCUCCGGAUGCUGACUACUGGAAGGAUAGGAAGCUAAGGCCUGAUGGUACUGUUGAGAAGUACAAGGCUAGGCUUGUGGCCAAGGGUUAUACCCAAAAGGAAGAAGAGGAUUUCUUCGACACUUACUCACUUGUGGCUAGGCGGACAACCAUUCGAGUGUUACUCGCUUUGGCUGCCUCGCAUGGUCUUCUUGUUCAUCAGAUGGACGUUAAGACGGCUUUCCUUAAUGGAGAGCUAGACGAGAAAAUUUACAUGCAAUAG